CUCGCUUGGAUCAGCAAACUCCUACACCAUGGACUUUGCCAAGUUGAUGUCCGCUCAGAUCGCUAAAAGCAAAUCCUCAACACCUACCGACGAUCCCUCCAAAAAGUAUCUCAAGCGCUCCGAGCUUGAAGCCCAGCGACAAGCCGCCUACAUCGCCGAGCAGAAGGCCGCCGAAGAAGCGCGGGAAGAGAAAGUUCGACAAAAGCGCAAGCUUGAGGAUGAUGAAGCCGAGCGCAACCGUGAGCGCGAGGAGAAGAAGCGCCGUCUCGCUGAACAGUCGCGCAAGUUGAGGGAAGAGGAGGAGGACGCAGCUGAGCGUGCUAGAAGGAAGAGGCUGGGUCUGCCGGACUUGCCACCAAGAGAACAACAAAAGGAGGAGACGCCGCUCGCAGAGGGCGAGGACAUUCCGGACGAAGAGUUGGUGGCGAAGCUGAGGGAACUGGAGCAGCCAGCGCGGAUCUUCGGCGAGAGCCACAGGCAACGUUUGAAGCGGUACAAGAAGAUUACUGGGGCGCUAACGGCGCCAGCUUUGAGCGAUGGACCGAUUCCAACAACGUUGCAGCUGGUGCCGGAGGCAGAGAUGAAGGUGGAUACCAAGCUACCCAAGGACAAGGAGAGCCGCGAGUUCCUCUUCCGGCAGCUGGGAUCCUACUUUACAAUGGUUCUGCGGGAGUGGGAGAUUGCGCUCGCGCAGCGACCAGAAGAUGUCAGGACGAGUUUCCAGGGCAAGCAGGCAUAUAACGCAAUGGUGCAAGCACGAGAGAACAUGAGGCCACUGUUCAAGAAGUUGGAGAAGGGGGAAUUAGAAGACGGCAUCCUGGAGCCGGUGGUGGAAAUUGUGAACGCAGCACAGGAGAGGCGGUAUGUUGAUGCCAAUGAUGGAUAUCUGAGGCUCAGUAUCGGCAAGGCUGCUUGGCCCAUUGGUGUUACCAUGGUUGGUAUCCACGAGCGUUCAGCGCGCGAGAAGCUUCAUGAGAGCGAUAAAAAUUCGGCCCACAUCAUGAGCGACGAAACUACGAGGAAGUACCUGCAGAGCAUUAAGCGAUGCUUGAGCUUUGCGCAGACGAGGUGGCCACCCGACGACCAGCUGCAGCUGAUGGGUUAGGGUGUUGUGUUUUAUACAACGAGCAAACAAGCUUGGUAUAGCUUGAUUUAUUAUUGGAGCGAUUUUGGGAUGGGGCUGGAGUUUGUGGAUAGAUCAACUGGAAAAAAAAAUCAAUGAGCCAUG